AGUGAAGAAGCACUUUGUUCCGUCAUCUGACACGCAUCACAAGAGUAGCGAGCCACCGGAGCCUGCAACCUGCUCAAAGCCACAACCAAUUGCAAACCAGCAAUAGCAGCAGUAUCGGUCUAUCUCAAGCAUGUGCGUGGAUAAAGGGAUCUAGUGAGCUUUUUAAAAAAGAACUUCUUAACAAUUUGAGAGAAGAAACUUCAGUUGUUCAAGAGACCAUGCCUCAUUUCUUGGAUUGGUUCGUGCCAAUGUAUCUGAUGAUCUCUAUUCUCAUCUUGGUGGGCUUUGGAGCGUGCAUAUACUACUUUGAGCCAGGCCUGCAAGAAGCACACAAGUGGAGAACGCAAAGGCCAAUCAUGGAACGAGAUCUUCGGAAAACAUUGAUGAUUCGAGACAACCUUGCCUUUGGGGUGCCUGAAGUCUAGUAUUCUGUUCU